AUGUUUGCCGCUAAUAUAAGUGGAAAAGCGAGCGGUGAUUACGGGAGCGGUCAGGACAGCAAACAAACCAAUUAUUCGUUACAUAUAUUCGGCGACAUUAUGCCGACCGACGAGCCGUUGCCGCAAACAAUUGAGGAGUCGUUGGCACUAAUGAAAAGAAUGCCCUUGCUCGUUCAGACAGCUAAUGGUGGCAAGGGCAAACCAUUGAAGUACACGCUGGUGCCACUGUCCACCCUAACCAGUCGAUUAAGUCUGCCCAAAACGGCCGACAAAGUGAUCAAGUACAUUGACGAGCAGGCGAUUGUCCGUUGCGUCCAACUGUUUGAUAGGAUCGCGGCGUCGAAGCAACGACUCUACGAUUUGUAUGAUUUCGUGAAUUCCAAUAAAUAUUGCGUUCCCGCGGAUCGGGUGCGCGGUAUAGGCGCCCGAAAGGAUCAAUUAGACUCGGAUGAGGCCAGCCUUAGAUCAAAAUUAGCCGAAUUAUUGGUGGAGGUGCGCUCCGGGAGGGCUGGCGGUGACAAACUGGAAAAGCUCAUUAGCAACACAAACGAGGGCUCACUUUCGGAUAAUAAAAUACAAAACUUUAUUAAUAGUAACGAAGAUAUUGCCGACAAAAUAACUUACGCCAAAAUGUUACAACACGAAGGGGUUAUAUAUGUGGGCGCCCCCGGGCAUGGCCAGUCACUGGAAACGGCUAAAAUGGAACGCCUACAAUCGGAAAUUUAUAUUUUGUUCUGGACCAGUUUGUCCAGUGACACAAAGGAUCGAGAUUGGACUGAUAAUAAGCAUCACUUUUUACGACUGGCUAAACAAAACAAUGACCUUGAUACAGACAGUAAAAAGGAUAUGACCAGAUUUAUAGCUGCCGAUUUGGAUAUGAGACCCGAGCUAAAUGACCAGGAACAUGUUUCAUCAGGAACACGUAUUUGCCUGUUUAAGAAUGGCAAAUAUAUUCACCAGAAUAUAUUCCUCGAUUAUAUUACCAAUAAUGACCGGUGUUUGAUUAAGCCAAUUGAGCCGGUUCAUUUAGUAGUACAUAAGCCAAACAAGCGUGUCAUUUUGGAGAUACGAUGUCCCGGCUCAUUAUCAGGCUAUUGUGAUUCAAAGGACGAACAUACAUGGCAGUGUUACAAAUGCGACGAACUAAUUGAGCAUGAUAAUGAUUUGGCAAAACUAUUAGAAAAAUUGCGACCAAUGAAAGAAAUGAAUAUAUUGAUUUUGGGCGAAACUGGCGUGGGUAAGUCCACUUGGAUAAAUGGCCUGGUUAAUUAUAUGACAUUUAAGUCACUGGAUGAUGCCGAGCAGAAUAAAUCGCUGAGUCUAAUAGCGUCAAAAUUUACAAUUACUGAUGAAAACUAUAAGCAAGUUGAAGUUAAGAUUGGCGACGAUAAGAAUGAGGUAAUGGCUGCCGGACAGUCGGCUACUCAAGAACCAAAAGCUUAUGUAUUAGAUUGGGGUAAAAAGCACGUUAGACUAAUCGAUACGCCCGGCAUUGGAGACACGCGUGGCCUCGAACAGGACAAAGAGAACUUCGACGCCAUAUUGCGGUACAUCUCAAACCUGGAUGAGUUACACGGCAUAUGCAUAUUGUUGAAGCCCAACAGCGCCCGACUCACUGUUAUGUUCCAGUUUUGCGUCAAAGAGUUGUUGACACAUUUGCACAAAAGUGCAAGCAACAACAUCGUGUUUUGUUUCACUAAUGCACGUAGCACGUUUUAUAGGUAGGGUACCGUGAUUUUAAUAAGCUAUUUUAUUAAAUUCGCUUAGUUUAGUCAAUUCAAAAUGUUAAUUAUGUUACCGGAUAACUAUUAAUGACAAACAUAACCACUCAAUUUAUAUUUUUCCCUAGAUGUUUCCAACUUAGAGUUUUUGUUAGAAUCUACAAUUUCGAUUUCCAUACCUUAAUAUUCCAGUUGUAUCAGAGUAAAAUCAGGUAUAUGAACAUAUUGGUGGGGAAACCCAUGUUUCUGGAAAAAUUU